AUGGUGCGGCGGCAAGCCGUCCACGGCAUGGUCUGUGGAGGAGGACCAGCUGUUGCUCUGAGGUCUCUCCCGAAGAAGAAGAAGAAAGCUGCUAAGGGAGUUCAAUUGGGGCAAGAAAAAUCUGCAGGAGGAAAUGUUACCAAGGUUAUGACCGUGAAGAUAAGUUACUGGUUCGUAGAUUCAGACAGUUCACUGCUGCACUUCACUGCCCAAUUUGAACGCUCACACCUGGGCACGAACGGGUUGGUACAGCUGUACGAAACCAUCGACGGUGCUGCCGCACUUGUGCUAGUUAGUAGGGAGAAAGCUAAGAACCUUGGCCUUCAAGUUCUUGCAAGGACAAGAGGGGGUGAUUGGCGCAGAGUACCGCUGCCCGGUGGGUGUCAUGCUCUUCAACCACUUGGAGGUGGAGUUCGCCGCGAAGCUCGGCGACUACGUCGCAUAGAUGAUCGUCCAGUUGAGAUGUUCAUUGUUGCAUCCAUGAACGGUGCAAGUGUUAAAAUGGUCCCGUGA